AUGGAACCCAUGAAUUCCUCCACUGAUUCUGGUGGUUUAGAGACACUCUCCGACGUUGAAUCUCCCAAUAAUGAUCUAAACAUAUCAUUUCCCGACCAGCCGGACUAUGAGCCAACUCCGGCCACUGUUCCAUUGCUCCUACGGCGGUCCUAUCUCCAAUCGAAAUCAACAACCAUCCAUGAUGAUGAUGAGCUACGUAAAUUUCAAAUAAGCCUCAGGUGGUGCGCCCUUGAUCACUCGUCAUGUACAGGCAAGUUCAUCUCCUAUAUCACCUUCAUCAUUCUCACCGUUGUCGUCCCCCUUGUUAGCUCUCUCACCGUGAGAGUACCAGCAAGUACUACUCUGCCAACCGAUGACCUAAUUUCCUUCAAUAAGCUGGUGCAAUUGCCGGAAUCCGGCCUCGCCACUAUUGGUUUCUUUACACUUUCCUGUUUCUUCCGACGAUAUGGGCUUCGACAACUACUAUUCCUCGAUGAGGCACUUCAGGAUGAUUCUCUCUUUGUUCGACGCGGUUACAAAAAGGAGCUCGAUAGGGCCUUCCGGCACCUAGCAAUCAUCUUGCUGCCUUCAUUUUUCGUCGAACUUGCACAUAAAAUCAUAUUUUUCUCCACUGUAAAAGUAUCAAUACCGUAUGUAACUGCGUCUAUUCCGGCCAAUUCGAUCAUGUUUAUCGCGGUUUUAGCAUCAUGGGUGUACAGGACUGGUGUGUUCUUGUUGGUAUGUGUGCUUUUCAGACUUACCUGUGAGCUUCAGAUACUGAGAUUGGAAGGUCUUUACAAGCUCUUGGAGGGGAGUGGAUCAGAUGAUGGAGUUAUAUUCCGGGAGCAUAUGAGGAUAAGAAUGCAGUUAUCGGUUACCAGCCAUAGAUACCGAUAUUUUAUCAUUGGGUGCUUGGUUGCUAUCUCAGUUAGUCAAUUGGGAGCCUUGAUGCUGGUUUUGGAAUCAAAAUCAGAGAAGAGUUUCUUCAAUUCAGGAGAUGUUUUAGUGUGCUCAGUUGUUCAGAUAAGUGGUUUCUUCUUGUGCCUAUUGGGGGCUGCAAGAAUCACGCAUAGGGCUCAAGGGAUUGUAAGCAUUGCCACAAGAUGGCAUAUGCUGGUAACUUGUGCCUCUGCUAGCAGUUCAAACACAUUGAAAGACAUACUUCCAGUGGCCAACGGAAACCCACGACCAACGGCGUCAAAAUGCUCUAGUGAUUCGGAGUCUGAGGUUCAUAUCUCAAUCUCCUCACAGGACACAACAUCCUUCCAAACCAGGCAAGCUUUAGUAACAUAUUUGCAACACAACAAUGGGGGCAUCACAUUGUUCGGGUUUGCGCUUGAUCGUGGAUUGCUUCACACGCUCUUUGCUUUCGAAUUUUCACUAGUAUUAUGGAUCUUAAGUAAGGCGGUUGUUCUAUCUUGAUCGAUCAAAUAUAUUUACAGACCAGAUUCAACAUGGGAGAAAAGGAAGUAUUUCUUG